AUGAAAAUGAAGCAAAAUUUCAGUUAUUUUGCCAUAAGAAAUGCCUUCUAUCCCCAAGCUGGCAUUGGGAUCUCAGCAAACACCUUUCUUCUUUGUCUGCACAUUGCUGCUGUCUUUGGGGGCCCCAAGUCUAGGCUCACUGACCUGCCCAUCACCCACUUGGCUCUGACACACAUCCUCAUGCUCCUCACCAUGGGACUUCUGGUAUCUACAGAUGUUUGGGAAGCACAGGACAUUCCACAUGACUUCAAAUGCAAAGUGCUUAUCUUUCUGAAUAAGGUCAUGAGGGGACUCUCCAUCAGUACCACCUGUGUCCUGAGUGUACUUCAGGCUGUCACCAUCAGCCCCAAUGGCUCCUGGUUGGCCAAUUUCAAAUUUAAAUCCACUAAUACCAUUGUGUGGUUAUUUCUUUUCUUAUGGGUCCUCACCAUGUCCAUCUCUAGCAACCUGAUCCUUUGCACAGUGGCCUCACCCAAUAAGACCCAGCCUGGUCUUCUGUUUCUCACUAACCACUGUUCCUUCCUGCUCAUGAGCUACAGACACAGGUACCUCUUUGUUGCCCUGAUGGCAUUCAGAGAUCUCUUAUUUCUGGGCCUUAUGGUUCUUUCAAGUGCAUACAUGAUAUUUCUCUUGCAUAGACAUAAACAACGAACCAUGUCUCUUCAUAGCUCCAGGUUUUCUCCAAGAAGCUCCCCUGAACAAAGGGCCACUCACACCAUUCUGCUACUCAUCAGCUGCUUUGAGAUCCUCUAUUGUGUGGACUCCAUCAUUUCACUAUUCAUAGGCGUGACAUGCAUCAAUGAUCCCAUCCUGGUCUGUCUCCAAAUGCUUGUGGCCAAUGGCUAUGGCACCAUCAGUCCUUUGGUGCUGAUCAGUGCUGAUACUCAAAUAAUAAAAGUUAUACAAACCAAAUGGAGAAACAAAGUUCAGCUUCUAAUGAAACUCAUGUAA